AUGACGGUGGUUAUUUUCAUCUUCUUGCUCGAUCAGCUCUCGCACGGACCGCUGAAGGGACGAAAGUCGCCGCCGGUGAUCGACGUGGCGCCGGUGUGGGGCGGCAUGUUGGCCUUUUUGGCGGGACCGAUGAAACUCAUGCGCGAGGCGACGCCGAAGUACGGUGAGGUGUUUACCGUGCCGGUGUUUCACAAGCGGAUCACGUUUCUGAUCGGGCCCAAGGUGAGCGAGUUUUUUUUCAAGGCGAAGGAUACGGAGAUGUCGCAAAAGGAGGUGUACGAGUUCAACGUGCCGACGUUCGGUAAGGGCGUGGUGUUCGAUGUAGAUCACACGACUCGUGCGGAACAGUUUAGAUUUUUCGCGGAUAGUCUCAAGAGUAACCGAUUGAGGAUGUACGUGGGGAUGAUGGUGAAGGAGGCGGAGGAUUUCUUCAGCAAGUGGGGAGACGCAGGCGAGGUGGAUUUGCUCGAGCAACUCUCGGAGUUGAUCGUACUCACGGCUUCCAGAUGCUUGCUCGGAAGAGAGAUUCGCGAGACGCUCUACUCUGAAGUUACCGAUCUGGUGCACGAUUUGGAUAAGGGUAUGGUGCCGUUGUCGGUAUUUUUCCCGUACGCGCCGAUCGAGGCGCACCGCAAGCGAGACGCGGCGCGCAAAAACUUGGCCAAGAUUUUCGACAAAGUUAUCCAAGCUCGUCGCGAGAGCGGCGCGAGUGAACCGGAUGUCUUACAAACGUUCAUCGACGCCCGGUACAAGGAUGGUAGCAGGCUCACGAACGACCAAGUCCUCGGUAUGUUGAUUGCCGUGCUCUUCGCCGGUCAACACACGUCCUCGAUCACGUCCACGUGGACUGGUUUGCUGGCCAUCGCGAACAAGGAGCGCGUGAUGCCUGCGCUCGAAAAGGAGCAAAAGGAUAUCAUGAAGAAGCACGGCAAGGAUUUGGAUUUCGACAUCUUAGCGAAAAUGGAUGAGUUGCAUUUUGCUGUGAAGGAGGCGCUUCGAAUGCACCCGCCUCUCAUCAUGCUCCUUCGCAUGGCGCAAGUGCCGUUCGAGGUCGAAACCUCUACGGGUAAGAAGUACACCGUCCCCAAGGGCCACAUCGUCGCCACCUCUCCCGCGUUCUCGCACCGCUUGGACAAUGUCUACAGCGACCCGAACGAGUACAAGCCUGAACGAUUCCGCGAACCGAACCCCGAAGACAAGGCCCAGUUCGCCUCCUUCAUCGGUUUCGGCGGCGGACGUCACGGUUGCAUGGGGGAAACCUUUGCGUACAUGCAAAUCAAAACCAUUUGGUCCAUCCUUUUGCGAAACUUUGAGUUCGAAAUGGUUGGAAAAGUUCCCGAACCCGAUUACACCGGCAUGGUCGUCGGUCCCACCGCGGGCCAAUGCAAAAUCCGCUACAAGCGCCGCGUUCUGUGA